UCGUAAAGCGCCGAUGUUGUGGUCGGAAAUUUGACCAGUCGUCCUCUGAGCUGAGCUUUCAGUCGCCCUUCAACCAACACAGACAGACCUCUUCCCGGCUGGAACGGACACUGGCCUAACAUUAAAUCAUGGCAGGCGCGCUUGCACGGAAAGGCUUUGACUACCUGAAGAGCAAAGAGUUCAGGGAUUAUUUGAUGAGGUAUCAUUUCUGGGGUCCUGUAGCAAACUGGGGUCUUCCCAUAGCUGCCAUCACAGAUAUGAAGAAGAGCCCUGAAAUCAUCAGUGGGAGGAUGACCUUCGCUCUGUGCUGUUACUCGCUGGUCUUCAUGAGGUUCGCCUACAAAGUGCAGCCUCGCAACUGGCUACUGUUUGCUUGCCACAUGACCAAUGAGUCAGCACAACUUAUCCAGGCCAGUCGUCUCAUCAAACACAAAAUGGAGAAGAAGUGGGGAUCGUAGUGGCAGAGUGGCACCAUGCUGCUUCAACGGGCACCUAAACCAGGACAUCAGAACUCAUGCAUCUACACAACUUAUCCAAUUAAUCUGUGAAAAAGCAGCACUUACAGCAAUCGUUUAACAUGAUGUUGUCAUGAUUGAUCACCCUGAUGAAGUUUUAGUCACUUUACUACACAGACAGAACAAAAGACGAUGGUUUCCUCCUAGAAUUAAGGUCAACUUCUUAUUUUGAGAUUUUUGCAUUAUUGAUCACGACACACAAUGAUGGACUCAGCUGAGCAGACUGGCAGAUGUCUUGCACACAGCAUCCAAUGGCUUUUGCACACUUUCAGACUUGGCUAAAGCAAUCAUUAUUUGUUAAUCAUCUCAUUUCAGGUCAUCGGUGUCCAUGUAUUUCUUGCAACGUAACUUGCUUAGGAAUUUAAGUAAUUUUGUCCAGAACUAUGGUUGAGGUCAGGUUGUGCAAAUAUGUCCACACUGUAGCCAAUUAUCAGUGACUAAGUAAGCAUGUAGGCUAGACUAACCUGUCUACCGUACCCUGGAGCAAGAUGUACUGUAAAAUGUGUUUGAGUGUGCUUUAGGAUCCUGUUUGGCAGAGUUUUAAACAGCGUCAUAAAUGAAAUUCAAAUAAAUGUUUGAAUUACAGAAAAUACAUAUUGACAUCUUAAGUGGUGAAACUGCUUGUGUUAUAAUUUACUAUAAUGGCACUUCAAGCUGGGACUGUUGAGGUUAUUGUGUUUUAAUAACUGAGCAAGACAAACUGCUUCUGUCACUGCUGAUCAAACAUGUACUGUGUGCUGUUGUAAAAUAUCAUUCACAUUAAUUUAUUGUCAUUGUGUAAUCCAACUUAUUUUCCCUCCUUAACAUUUCGAUUCUUUGGGUUUGUUAAAAUGAACUGGCUUUAAUACACUUGAUUUCUUUGCCGAGA